UUCUGGUGUUUAGGAGGACCGAAUAUAAACCACUGGAAAUAUUCAAGAUGGCAGCUCCCUCCAAGCAACAGGAAUUUCCAGAAAUGAAAAAUGAUCUUGCUCUCCGUGCUGCAAGAGGCGAGAAGACAGAGCGAGUGCCAGUGUGGGUGAUGCGGCAGGCGGGUCGCUAUUUGCCUGAAUUCAGAGAAACGAGAGCUGAGCACGAUUUCUUCACCAUAUGCAGAACACCUGUAUUAGCUUGUAAAGUGACAUUACAGCCAAUUGAGCGGUUCGACCUAGAUGCAGCAAUCAUCUUCUCUGAUAUAUUGGUUGUGCCUCAAGCUAUGGGAAUGGUUGUUGAGAUGCUGCCAGGAAAGGGACCACACUUUCCAGAGCCACUAAAUACUCCUGAUGACAUAGGCAGGUUAAACAAACCUGUUAAUGUGUCCCAAGAGUUGGGAUAUGUAUUCGAUGCUAUAACACUCACCAGACACAGGCUGGAGGGUCGUGUUCCCCUUAUUGGCUUCACAGGGGCACCAUGGACGCUCAUGUCUUAUAUGAUCGAAGGAGGUGGCUCGACCACCAUGUCUAAGGCAAAGUCGUGGCUGUACAGAUAUCCAGCAGAGAGCCACAAACUACUUCAGUUGAUCACAGAUGUAUGCAUUGAUUAUCUCGUCGGUCAAAUGCAAGCUGGCGCGCAGAUGCUGCAAGUUUUCGAAUCCCACGCCGGCAUCCUGGGGCCAGGUCUGUUCGCCAAGUUCAGUCUCCCCUACAUUCGUCAGAUCUCGAGAGGUGUGAAGGAAAAGCUAUCCAGCAGGAAACUCGAUACUGUUCCGAUGAUUAUAUUCGCAAAGGAUGCACAUUUCGGUUUGGAGGACCUAUCACAGUCUGGGUAUGAAGUGGUAGGAUUGGACUGGACUCUUAGGCCACAGCAUGCAAGAGCUAGAACAGGAGCAAAUGUUACUCUGCAGGGAAACCUGGACCCAUGCGCAUUGUAUGCCCCAGAGGUAGAGCUAGUCGCACUCGUGAAGGCAAUGCUAGAGAAGUUUGGCACUCAGCGGUACAUAGCCAACCUCGGCCAUGGCAUCUACCCAGACAUGGAUCCCGAACGUGUGAAGACACUGAUCGAUGCUAUUCACUCACAUUCUGAGUACAUGAAUAGUGCAAAGUGAUGCGAAAAUGCAUUGAGACUUUUGAGAGUGUAUCUACCCACGACCUGUGCUUGUUUAGAGGUGACGUUUUUGUCUUGGAAUCUCUGUGGAUAGAUCAUAAGCUAUAUUGGACCAACGUGAAGGUGUGAUAGCGCACUGUCUGUAACUAUUCACAGUUAUAUCGGUUUAUGUUGAUACCAGUGAAGUGUGUCUAAGGGUAUGUAAGAUUUAUUACAAAUCCCCGUUAUUCAUCGAUAGAGGGUAGAAAGGAGUAUCAUGACUUUUUUGUGCAAUGAGGAAUAAUAAUGACAGUCGCAAGUGGUGCAGGAGCAACUAUUGGAGAAGUAAUUGCGUACUGUACGUAAAACAAUGGCUCGUAAAUUUCUACACUUGUGAACCCACCGCACCAUUUCAUAGUGACUUGAUUUAGGCUGAAUUUCCAUCUUAAAGUAGAAAUGUGGGUGUACAUGUAAUAUAUGGAUGAGAACAUCCACGUUAUAGAGUGCACUAGGAUGAAAAUCGUGGUUGUAAUAUCUUGUUACCUAUAUGUUGUUGUUAGGUAGUUAUAUUUUAGUUUUCUAAGUGAUGGAUGGUAAUUGAUUUUUACAUGUGAUUUAAGUAUAAUAUUCUAUGAAAAGUAACAUAAAUAUGUGUAACAUAUUAUAUUCAAGCAUAAAAUUAAUACUAUUAUACUUAUUUUUCUAGGCCGGUGUACGUGCCGAAUAAAUAUGAUAAGGUGAUAUGUA